UAUGGCACGACAAAUCAAAAAUAUCCUGACAGCUAUACUGUGUUUGCUUCAGAUCAGUUUGUUUUGCAGUUUAAAUUUACCUUUCGCAUUCUGCACAAAAUGGGCUUCAGGCGUCUUUGAAAGAUAUGAAGGUAGGCUAGGGAAAAAGAAUAUUCCGAACAAAGUUCGUGAAACAAGUAGUAUUUGGUAACCUCUAACCUCAUCUUGACUAACCUAAACUUAACUUGAAACUCUGCUUCUCUACGGCAAAAAGGAAAAUGGGUGGAACCCUAUAGUCUCCAUCAUUUACGUUUCUACAUGUUGCGAUCAUAAAUAUUCAUCUUCAGAUUCAAAAUGAAAAGUUUUACAUCUGUUCUACAAUCUACAGGUUACUCCUUGCAAGGGCACGUGAUCAGUGUUUGUAAAGGCAAAGAUGUGGAGUGUGGAUCGUGGUGUUUGAGAAAUGACAGAUGUCGAUCUUAUAACUGUUAUCCUGCACAGAGCUUCAGUUCCACCUAAAUGUGCUACUUAAAUAACGAAACACGAAGGUCCAAACCAAAAGACUAUUUGGAAAAUCAGGGUGUAAUCUACUUUGAGGUCAUUAACUCAAAUUUUGUUUGUGAAAACCUUGGGAGAUGGAGUCGACAACUGAAUAAAUCCAUCAGCCACAAUCCGGGAUCUAAUGAAGCCAUCAACCAAUCAGAGAAGAUUGGAUCAAACUCUUCAUCACCUGGUGACUCCUGCAAACACAUACGGGAGUCCAGAGAUUCUUUAGAAGACGGGGAGUAUUGGAUCGACCCUGAGAAGAAUGGAAACCCUUUGAAAGUUUUCUGUGACAUGACGACUGAUGGAGGAGGCUGGCUUCUUGUCGCUAACUUGGUGACAAUCAACUCUACUCCGACUGAGAAAUGGACCGCCCAGACAUCGUUCCGUUGGAUCAGUAACUUUGCCAACAACAAAAUGGGUAUCACACUGAGCGCCAUGAAGGAACUCAGAAGCCACUUGUCUUUCACUCAGCUGAGAUUCCACUGCAGCAAACAACUGGGACGCACGUUCCACGUGACCACAGCAACUAACAGCUCUGGUGAAGCUGUAGUCCAGUACUUCAGCGGUCAGACAGAUGUUCUUCCUCCUUCAUGCAACUCGUUUGAAAGAAUGAAUGGAGAUAACUCCCGAUUAGCUUUACAGUGUGAUAGAUGGGGAAAUGACGGUUCAAACUAUGUCGGAAAGUGGGGACAUUUUAAACUCCAAAAGGCACUUAAAAUGUACAAUAACGCAGCUUUUAUUGCUAAUGAACAUAACUGGGUAAUGGUUAAGAAUAAAUUGUGUUGCGAUGAUAAUGGAAGUAAUUUAACAGCGAUAUCAUCCGGUGAUUUUUGGAAAGUUUAUGUGCGUUGAAAUUCCGAGUGCAUUUACCUGUUUCCACAGGGACCACCUGGUGAACAGGAUUAAAGGAGGCCUGUACAUCACGUACUGAACUGUUACUCAUGAUUCUAGAGCCAUACCUCGCGCGGUUGUGCAUCACAGCCAGACAGUACGUCGAUUUUGCAACGGUCCAAAUUCUUCUUCAUGGUUAAAAUAAGUAAAAAACCCAUCAAAAUCAUUCAUAAGAACCCCCAUUGACUAAUAGGAUCUCCGAAUUUUGUCUGUCUUCUCUUAUGUCGAAAUUAGAAGCUCUUUCGAUUCUUUGAGACAACCGACUCGACGAAUCAAUUCAAAUUGAAGCUCUCUUCGGUCUGUUUCCUUACAUAUUUUUCCAACAGAUUUUAAGACUUUUCUCCAGUCUGUUUGACCUUAGAUGUAACUUCGUUUCAUCUCCUUGGGCCUGCAUGCUGAUCAUAUUAAUAUUCUGAUUUACCAUGAAUCUGUAAAAGUCUUUAGACUUUGCCUCGGGGUUUAUUGUUAUCUUUUCACUGACUGAGAUGGAAGGACUCUACGUCUCCACAAUUAGUUAGAUCUAUUUGACUUUGCUUUAUUUAGGAGGUGACUUUGAAUAGCAUAAAUAACUGGAUAAUCAUGAUGUGUAGGAAAGUGGUUCUCUACAACAAGAACGUAGACUGAAAGACAAAGAAUGGCAAAACGUUGCUCAUUUUCAUCUAGAGUAUCGCUAAUUCGUCUCGACUCUUUUCGUUAAUAAUUUAUUCCAGGCAAAGGAUUUUCCUUCUUUACAGAUUUCCGUAUUGCUGAAGAGAAUUGCAUGCCCAAUGUGAUGUUCGUAAAGGAUAUUUAGUUCAUAAGAAUAUAGUAAGAUUCUUUCUUAAGUGGCAUAUUAUCCAAGUCUUUGAUAUCAAAGUUACAUGCCUAGAGAUUUUAUGAUGGUUUCAAUGUCGUCAAUUUUAGAAAACUUUCUUUUACACCAAAAACACUCGAAAUAUCUUAAUGAAAGGUCUUUUUAAUUUUAUAGCAUACGUGAUCCGUAUAAUGAAAACAGUUUUGCGGCUCAUUAUAUCGAGGUAGGGACCGACCGUUCCCAAGACACUUUUAAUGUCCUAUGCAUGUAAUAACAAGCCUAUAACCCGGUACUUCCACUGCAGUAAUAUUUUUAACGAUCCUAGGACUUGAAAUGUUUUUGCAAAUUAUGAUUGAUUUUGUACCUCCGCAAUAAAAUAAAACGGGUACA